CCCGAGCGCUCACCGGGUCUGGUGUGGUCUUGUUGGCGGCUCCGCGUCGCCCUCCGCCUGCUCUCGCUUGGCCGCCCUGCGCGUCCCGUAUCCGCCCCAGGUGCUCGAGUAGAGGGACUGAGUCCCCGGUUCGUCUGGAGUAGAGUUCCCAGCGGCCGUUGGCAGAGAUGCCUGGGAAGAAGACGCGCAAGAACGCGCAGCCGAGCCGUGCGCGGACUCCGGCAGAGCUCGAGGUUGAGUGUGCUACUCAACUCAGGAGAAUUGGAGACAAACUGAAUUUCCGGCAGAAGCUUCUGAACCUGAUAGCCAAACUCUUCUGCUCAGGAACCUGACUGCUUCAGAAACAUACAAAUGAGGGGACUUUUUUCAAAUGGAAGACUUCCCAUCGGUGCAAAUUUCAUCAAUUACAGGCGAGAACAUGAGGAGCACAUCAUUUGCUUUUGGAUGCCCUUGAAAAUGAAGAGGGAAUAUUUCAAAAAAUGAAUUGCUGUUGGAGGUUUCCCAGAAGUCAUUCGUUGGGGAUAUGAGAACAUUAUAACGAUAUUUUGUUUGUAUUAGAGCAAGAAUGGGAGAGCCUUGAAAAUAGGGAAGUGAUAUUUAUGCAUUUAUUUUUGUUUAGAGAAUUGGUCUAGUAUUUCUGCUGAAGGUUGCUGCUCAGCCUAAUGUAAGAGGAGUUGACAGAUGAUGAGACUGUAGGUAGGUGUAGGGGAAGACACAGGAUAUGUUUAAUUUUUGUCUCUAGUUUUGGAUGACAACUCCAAGACAAUGUAUAAUAUCUGGUCCACACAUAUUAUAUUGUUAAAAAUUAAGUUUUCAUUCUGAGAACACGGAACAUCAUAGUGAAUGUUGAUUCCUAAAGAUCUAUAAAAUGCCCUUUCUCAGUCAGUGUGCACCCUGUAAAAACUGGUCUUUUACCCACUGAAGGUGAACAUGUUUGUACAUGGUUGUUUAAAGGCAAGUAACCCACAAAUCUAAAUAGGUGUUAGCAUGAUACACCGGUGCAGAGGGUUAACAGUGGUAUGGGAAAACUACCCAUUACGUUUUAAUGACUCUUUUUAAUGGGAAUAUCUUUCCAACUCUACACUAAUACUAGGGAUGAAUAAUUAGCAGCUGAUAAGAGAUCUGGGAUUUAUUAUAUUAUGAUAAUUGUUUAAAGUUGAGAGUGAUGAUGAUAGUACAACUAAGAAGAUUAUGUAAGAAACAGACCGUUUAUCUUGGGAUAGAAUAUAUGUUAAGUCAAGUUAGGAACCCACUACUUAAUGAAUCAAGCCCUCGACUUGAGGCUUGCUCUUGUGAAAUUUAGGGUUGUAAAUAGGAGGCUGAGCCCUCCUA